ACGCAUUGUUGAGGCACAGUCCGCAAACAGUCCUAGAGUCCAACACUCCUAGGAGGUUUCAGCACUCAAAAUCUAGCCCUACACGGUUGCAAACUAGUAACACCCGACAACGUUCGCUUCAACUAGUGAUCAAACACCGACCGGAAGUGACAUAAGAGUUGUGCAUUUGUGCCCGUGAGCAUUAGUGUGAGUGUGUGUGUCGUGUUCGUUUUUUUUUUGUAGUGAAGUGCAUAUCAAAGUGAACAUCAAAAUGAAGGCAUUCGUGCUGGGAUCUGCUGUGCUGCUGCUGGCCACGGCCACGGCUUCCGCUUCCUACCUCGGUGUGGCGCUGUCGUCGCAGUACCAAGCGCACGACGGUAUCGGUGGCUACUCGUACGGGUACGCCGAGCCGAACUCGCAGAAGCACGAAACGAAGGAUGCGCACGGUAUUACGCACGGUGGCUACUCGUACGUCGAUGCGAACGGACACGUCCAGAGCGUGAAGUACACGGCCGACCCGAUCCACGGUUUCCAGGUGUCGGGCACGAACCUGCCGAAGGGACCGGCCCCGCACGCCGUUGCCGUGCCGGCCUGGAACGCGUACGCCUACGCACCGGUUGUGCUGGGCCACAACGGUGCCCCGAUCGAGACGCCGGAAGUGCAGGCUGCUAAGGCCGCUCACUUCGCCGCUCACGCUGCCGCCAAGGCUCGUCUGCACAAGCGUUCGCUGUACGCACCCUGGACUUACGCUGCCGCUGCCCCGGUUGUGCUUGGACACAAUGGAGUCCCACUGGAUACGCCUGAAGUCGCUCACGCUAAGGCCGAACAUGCUGCCGCUCACGCUAAGGCUCUCGGAUACGGACAUGCCCAGGCUGGACCGAUCCCGGACACGCCCGAAGUUGCCCACGCUAAAGCUGCCCAUGCUGCCGCUCAUGCUGCUGCCCGUGCCAACCAUCAUGCCGUCGCCCCGGUGACCGUUGCUCACUCGCAUGCCGUCCAUGCCGUCAGCCAUGCCGCCCACUACCCGCAGCACAUCCCGGUCAUCAAGAACGGUGUGCCAGUCGAGACGCCGGAAGUGCAGCACGCCAAGGCCGCACACUUUGCUGCUGUCGCUAAGGCUCAGGGAUAUGCGCCCGCUCACGCACACUCGUACUACCCGCAGCACAUCCCGGUCAUCCACAACGGUGUGCCGGUGGAGACGCCCGAAGUGCAGCACGCUAAGGCCGCCCACUACGCCGCCAUCGCGGAGGCUAGUGCACGUGCCGGUUCCGGUGCCUGGGCUCCGGCUGGCCAUGAAGACGAUGGUAGCUACGAUGGCCGAUGGGACAACCACUACUAAAUUGUGAGUCGUCUGACCCGUCUACUGCCGACUUUUCGGUCGCAAAGGACCAAGGACAACACACACACAAACCCUGUUGUAAGCUAACCUAACAAUACUCGAACCAAAUACUCGAACAAUUCUUGCGCCUUCUACCCCUUGUUAUCCAAACGAAGCUACGUGGCAGAUCGCCACCACUUCCAGUAUUACUCGUCCCAAUCGUGUCCCGUUCGCUUCCCGCCAUGCCGGACGAUAUCUCCCGUAAGGUCCCGGCACUAUACCGAUGGAGACUUCCAAGAAUCGUACCCCAACCUCAGCAAGUGCUAGUUUUGAGUGCAACACCUAUAUGCCAUCACCUUUUAUAGAACAGGGAUUGUCUCACGCCUUCCACGGUGCAAUCGCACCGAACAGGGAUGGAUGGAGUUUUCCCGCUUCGUUUUCCAGAAAGGAAUAGCCAUACACUCCCAGAAGAAGGUAGUUAAUUAAGUAAAAGUCUCCAUCACGGACGAGCUGGACUAUGCACCUAAGGUAUAUCACUAGCGCAUGGGUCCUGCAAGCGAAUAGCUGUCAUUCGAUCUUUCCCCCAAAAAAAGAGAUAAGCAGCGAGCCCGUUCCGGCUCCUUUCAAAUUCAACCACGCCUCAGCUAAGCUAACACGCGGAAAGGAAACACCGUACAUACACCGUCCAAGCCCGGAACGUCGAGCGAAGCUUGCAGUGAUGCCGUGCGCCGGACAGACAACCACACAACAGCAGCUCCAUCCUGGUUGUCCGAGCCGCUCGUCCAAAGGCGCAUCUAAACAUCACCGACAACGGUUGUGCCUAACGAAGAAACACCAGCCAACACCACCUCGAACAUGACGCCAACAGUGGGACCUCGGGAUAGCAACGUAAUCAAGCAACUGCAACAUACAUGGAAAAUGUAUUAAAAAAAUAAAAAAAAAACUACAUGACGUUCACCAGCGUGAACAGUGGCGCGUGCCGAGUUGCAUGUAAAACAGAAGCACUCGGCCCAACAGCGCCCAACGUUACCCUUUAUACAGUCCUUCCUUUUAUUACUCGUCUUUUGUUUUUUUUUUGUGUUUUUUCCCCCCCUCAACCCUAUUGCGUUACGAACUUACGAACAAUAAAGAAUUAAAAAAAA